AGCAGGGAGCUCCAUGUCCACUCUGGAGAGGUCACUGGCUGCACGCCGAGCCACCCGGGCCAAGCUCAUGAUUCCCAUGGAUUCCCAGUCCAGCAAUCCUGCUGUCGUGAGCGCCAUCCCUGUGCCAACCCUAGAAAGUGCCCAGUACCCAGGAAUCCUUCCGUCACCCACGUGUGGAUACCCCCACCCACAGUUCACCCUCCGGCCUGUGCCGUUCCCAGCACUCUCAGUGGACCGCGGUUUCGGAGCAGGAAAAACAGUGAGCGAAGGACCAACCACCCAACAGCCACCCAUGUUGCCCCCAGCACAGCCUGAGCAUCCGAGCAGUGAGGAGGCACCCAGCAGAACCAUCCCCACGGCCUGUGUUCGCCCAACUCACCCCCUCCGCAGCUUUGCCAACCCUUUGCUACCUCCGCCGAUGAGUGCAAUAGAACCGAAAGUCCCUUAUACACCACUUCUGUCUCAGUCAGGGCCUACUCUUCCCAAGACUCAUGUUAAAACAGCCUCUCUUGGGUUGGCUGGAAAGGCAAGAUCUCCUUUGCUUCCUGUAUCUGUGCCAACAGCCCCUGAAGUGUCUGAGGAGAGCCACAAACCAACAGAGGACCCAGCCAACGUGUAUGAACAGGAUGAUCUGAGUGAACAAAUGGCAAGUUUAGAAGGGCUGAUGAAGCAGCUUAACGCUAUCACAGGCUCGGCCUUUUAACACGCAUCGCCGAAUUGACGAGCUGAAUUUUCGGGGACCUCUGCAGCAUUACCAAUUACCCAUGAACAGCACACCUGUGUCCAAGAACGCUAACCAGUGUACAGGUCAACCGUCAAGACCACUCACUCCUGGAAGAUCCUGAAGCAGUUCAGAAGGAAGCAGCGGUCCUUCUUUCCUGGGCAUCAGGAGUUUCAAAAUGAGGACUCUGGGGUCCCUUAACAAAAGCAGAUACGUCUUCACUGCAAUGUCAAAGCUGAAGCGGUGAGAAUAGUCCUGGGCCUUUGCCACUGCAGUGACCUCACUGUCAUGACGAAUACUUAACGUUCUUCAUCAAGGCCUGUCAGUUUCUCCUAAUGUGUAGGUCUAGUCUUACAAAAGGCAAGUGCAUUAUCGAAGCCUGUACCCUGCCAUGGCAAACCAGUGCAAGCUGACUAUUUUGUUUUCAAAUUUAAAGUUCAGAGCACCCAUGGGAAAUUUCUCACCAAAGGAUUGGAUGUUUUUCUGACAGCACAAAGAAAAGUAAACAAGCAAACGGAAGGCGUACGUUCUAUAACGCGGUCACACUUGCACAGGUGGUGGGUAUCAGCUAGUGGCUGUAAAAUUCACCCAUGUUAGCAAGGUAUCUCUAAAUCCACCCUUGGUUAACACUGAUGUCUGGAGAACAGGAACAUUUAAAAAUCUCCAGCUAGGGGCAUGCUGCCAACCACCGGUCCAUUUCCUGAAGGAGGACACAAUAUGCAACCUUCUCAGACACACGGUAAUUAUGAGCUUAAAACUUCUAACAAGGCACUGUUCAAUCUGGGUGGCUUUUGUGCCAUCCCACACUGUGAUGAUAUUUCAAAGCUUCACCAAGUCCGUCUCCCUCAGAAGUCUGGCUGGAAGAGUUCCCCUCUCCAUCCCAUCCCUCCCUGAGUCCUCCUUGGCAGCCAGCCCUGGGCAGGUGGCCAGCUCCACACAUUCCAUGCCACCCCUCAGCCCCGAUCUACCUUCCUGAAACCCUCUGUGGACAUGGCAGACCCAUCCCAUCUGAGGAAGGGAAGGAAAAUGGAAGGCAGUUUCAAACAGUACCUUCUCUUGCGUGAUGUCUCUUCUGCCAACAAGAUCCUCACUGACUCAGAGCAGGCAGCAUUGGUGAGUGGUGACCACCAGGCUUGUUGUCAAGGAAACCUUUUGCACCACGCCUGCUCAGAGUCAGAGAGGAACGGAGGGGAAGACAUCGCUUGACACUUCUGACACAUCAUCCUAAAUCCGGUGGAUGCUCUUUAAAAACUGCAUCUUCAUUGUGAGCUAGAACCUUAAACUCCUAUUGCCAUGUUUAUCUACAGCUUGCAACUAGGUGAAAUUAAAAACAUUGUGUGCGCACCCUUUUAGUUUCUGAAUUUGCAGCUGCAAAUUUGGAGUUAAUCCAUUUGUGCAGCUGAAUCGCCAAAAGGGAGCCCGUUUGCAUAUUUAUCUGUUAGGCAACUUGAAAACCCAAUAAGAGAGUUUCAGCUGAAUUAUUCCUUUCAGCUCUGCCUUUGAUUUCAAGCUUGAGUAGGUCAUAAUUUUAAAAGAGCAUGGAAGGAAUAGGAUCUUUACAACCUAAUAGCUCCUUUUAUUAGGUGGGUAAUUAUAUAUGAAUCCCUGAAUGAAAUAUUUUGAGCAAAAUGGCACUGUAACAGAAGUAAUAAUUCAGAUUAUUUUUUUACAGUUUUAUGUCGGGAAGGAAAUCUGAUGUCAAAGAGAGGGCUUGUUCAAAUGGUUCAUUAGAAAAUCCGGUCCAUUUGUGAAAUUGUUCCUUCAAGAAGAGUGCUUGUAUAAUUUACUUAUAUUUUCAUGAAGUCCUUCUGAAGAGUUAUGUGACGUUAUCCUCUGGGGCAGAUAACUCUUAUUCAACAUCUAAACACUUAGGCAAACAACACUCCACUGACCUGGAGCAAGGCAUUUCGUAACAUUAAUAUUGAGUCUUACAAAAAAUAAUCCAUGACAUCAGGAAAAAAAAAUGUUCAUUAGCCCAGCUUACCUUCUCAAGGUCCUAGGAUGGCUUUUCCUUUCUAAUCCUCACAAACACGGAACAUUCUCUGAAGGCAUCUGACACCCAAGGAAAGUCAUCCUGAGGGUCCAGUUUGGAAUGAGCUGCAAAUCUUGCGGAUUUCAGGGACUAGUCAUGUCUUCAAUCUGUAUGCUGUAUCUGCACAAUCAAGAGCACUAGAAUUUUUACAACAUUCCAGACUCCUCUAGUCAAAGUCAGUGAUCUUAGGAGACACGUUUUUUAAACACAUGAAAAUAUACAGUAUAUGAUUUCAGCAUGCUCUUGAAACUGUCUUCACAAACACACCCAAUGCUCUAUCUUAGUAACUGGCAAUGCUAAUAAGUCUUAGCUCCAUGCAAGGAAUAUGUGGUAGAAUCCAUUUCCAUUUUCACAAGAGGCUCUUGGGAGAUUGGCCCAAUGGUUUGAACAUGACCUGACCGCAGCUCUGUACAACCCUGCUCCCUGUUCUCUCAGAUAGUUCACGUGUGUGUACAAUUGCCUGCCCACGUGUAUAGGUAACUUUUUAAUUUCCUGGUCUCCUGAUCUCUUGACAAAAAGAAAUCUGUGAAUAGUGCAAGAUAACCUUUGUUUUGCUCUGAGUCUAGUUCAUGAUGAACGGGGCUCUUUAAGCUCAUAAAUCUCUCUGAUUCCCAUGGGGUGAUGCUUGACAGCCAACCAGGAGCUCUGCCACCAGGAGUCAUUUCUCCCUGAAUAAGAAGAAAAUAAAACUUGGCAGAGCAUGCUCAGACUCCACCCCUCAAACCUCCCACUCUGCUGAACUGUCAGGCAUAAGCCGCCUCUUGAAAACGCUUAGUAUGUUUCUUUGGUAUUUCAUACUGAUAAGAAAGCUAUUUACUUUCCCCUGGGAAGUUCUGCAUUUGAGAAACUCACAAAAAUGCAGAUAGUUCAAAAUGCACAGAACACUUGCUCUAGCCAAAAGUUAAAUAGUUCUUAGAGACUCACUCUCAGUAAGAAACCAGUCACAGCUCUUUGUAGAACAGAGCUAUAAGCUUCUAGAGCAUUUAAAUAAUGGAACUUUACAUUUGGAUAUUAUAAAGUGCACAUACAAUUGAACAAGCUGGAAAAAAAUCAAGUGAGGGCAGGAAUAUAGGAGGUGAAUUUAUUAAGGCUUCCUAGGAGGGGUUGGAUAUAACAUUAUUCUCUUCAAAAUAAGGGUCAUUCCCAGUGACAUACAUGUUUUUGUCCCCUGCAUUAGGUAAGACCUAUAAAAGUCCAGCAUUAGUGUGUCAUUCCAGACAUUUGGAAACUAUAAUGUUUGGCAUUUAUUGGCUUUUCCCAUAAAGAAUCUAAGUACAGGUCUUUCUGGAAGCCUUCGUAGUCUGUGCUUGAAAAUGGUUACUCAUUCCUAGUUACUCUUGUGAUACAACUGUCCAUUGACCCUGUUUAAAGAAACGUCUUAAGGUCUUCUCCAAACAUAACAGAGUGUCUCGCACAUGGCUGCUGAACUGAAAUUCUAUCCACCCCACCCCCAAAAACAGCCACCUCUAAAGCAGUCCCCUUACCUUUUAUAUAAAAAGCUGUGUUCCAGACUGACUCUUUGUAAUUUCAGAAUGUCCAUUUCUAGUUCAUGAGAAAGAAAAAAAAAAAAAAGAAUAACUCCCUAGUUCGACACAUAUUUAUCAAAAACAAAAUUGUCGGAACUAUAAAAUAGAUGCAGAAUGCGGUCACUUUCCCUCCUGGACCAAUUUACUUCAUCUAAAUGCAGACCAUCCCUAAGGCCUGAGGUUAAUAUCCUCACAUGUUCAUCACCCACAUACACAAGAGAGAACCCCCAACAAUCCAGAGCAGCAGUUGGUCGUACACUCAAACCUACGAUCUCUUUUUAAAUAUUUUCAAAGCAACCUUUGACUUAAAAUAAUUUGUAUUUCUCUGAUAACUUUCAGAAGUCACUUUCCUAGUAUACAGAAAA